AGAGCACGCAGGGGAAAAUAUUACCUUUAUGACAGUUAUGUCAUUUUCAAAAAAAUGCCUUAUUCUCUGAAAUUCCACAACCAGACAAGGUUAUUAUAAAUGGUAGGUAAGGAAAGCAGAGCAUGGCAAUAAAGGGGUUAAUCUGCAAAGCACAGAGCCAUCUGGCUGAGCUGGUUUGUUAUAAUCGAGCAGAUUAUGUUCACGGGACUCAGAGUUUAAGGCUCCUCUCCCAUAGAGCAACUCUGCACAACCCAAGCAGACCAACUUUGGGACUUUGAAUGAACAUAUUUACAUCCACCUUUCUCUUCAUGUCGACUUUUCUGGAAACAUUCACACGGAUGCCAUGGUUACUCCUACCACGAUCUUACAGGUGAACAAGGUGAUGUCCAUCUUGUUUUAUGUGAUAUUUCUUGCUUACCUUCGUGGCACCCAUUCUACCAACAUGGAUCAAAGGAGUUUGCCAGAAGAUUCAAUAAAUUCUCUUAUUAUUAAACUCAUUCAGGCAGACAUUUUGAAAAACAAGCUUUCUAAGCAGAUGGUAGAUAUUAAGGAAAACUAUCAAAACACACUGCAGAAAAAAGACCCUCAGCAAGACAUAGAUGGAGAUGAAAAUGUGAAAUCAGACUUCCAGCCAGUUAUCUCAAUGGAUACAGAACUCUUAAGGCAGCAGAAACGCUACAGCUCUCCCCGAGUCCUCUUGAGUGACAACACACCGCUGGAACCACCACCGCUGUACCUCAUGGAGGAUUAUAUUGGAAAUUCUGUGGUGGUGAACAGAACCUCCCGGCGUAAAAGGUACGCGGAGCAUAAAAGCCACCGAGGGGAAUAUUCUGUUUGUGACAGUGAAAGUCUAUGGGUCACGGACAAAUCAUCUGCAAUUGACAUUAGAGGACACCAGGUAACUGUUCUGGGAGAAAUUAAAACAGGCAACUCUCCAGUUAAGCAAUACUUUUAUGAAACAAGGUGUAAAGAAGCCAAGCCUGUAAAAAAUGGCUGCCGCGGCAUUGAUGACAAGCACUGGAACUCCCAAUGCAAGACAUCCCAAACUUAUGUUAGAGCACUGACUUCAGAAAACAAUAAACUGGUAGGCUGGAGAUGGAUAAGAAUAGACACCUCCUGUGUGUGCGCAUUGUCAAGGAAAAUAGGAAGAACAUAGAUCUGCAUCUCUUUGCUAUAUAAAUUAUUACUUUAAAUUAUAUGAUAUGCAUGUAGCAUAUAAAUGUUUAUAUUGUUUUAUAUAUUAUAAGUUGACCUUAUUUAUUAAACUUCAGCAAAUCUACAGUAUAUAAGCUUUCUCUCUCAUAAACAAGAGUAAAGGGUGUGUGCCUCUGCUGUGGGCAACUCUGGGUUUUUUAGACUAUGUGACACUGCUUGUUGGCAGCAUACCAUAACUUUACUGUAAAAUCUGUGUAAAAUCAGUAUUUUUCAUUCAGUAUUGUCAAGCCAGUGACUGUCAUUUAGUAAACUUGUUAAAAACCA